CAUCUUGGGCUCGCUCUUGCCGUUGUUGUUGUUGUUGCUCUUGUUGUUGUUGUUGUGGUGGCGAAAAUACGCUGACGGUUAAAAAUACCAAACUAAACCGUGGUCCAAUAAAUUCACCGACUUACCUACUGUACCUAUUCGUCUGGCUGUACGAAGAUCUUUUGCCCUGCUAAGCUGAUACCUAUGCCAUUGAUUUCCAACUUGAUUUUGUAACCUUGAAAACAGCAUCACACUGGAAAUGCGCUCUACCAAGGUACCGCGAGCUGUCUCGUUCAUAUUUUUGGUUUAGUUAUCCGGUUUACGCGAAAAGCGUACGGUUCGUUUGUUUCUCCAGUACCAACAACUGUUUGAUGAUUUACUCGCGAGUGUUUGUGUAACCUUUUUGUGCACCAAUUUGGAGUUAUUUUUUUUACACCUGUGUGCAUAUAUUUGGAGAACUCUACAUCGACAUCAAAUGUAAAAAGACCUGUGUCCGUAUAUGGAAACCUUCGCCUCACACCCAGCCGAACAUUAUGAAUUGAGAAAAUGUCAUUCAACAAGAAUCACUCGAAAACGACGGAUGCGACGAUAGCAUCGACCAAGACCAAUGAUCCACCCAGUAUCGGCAAAGGUAAAUCAUCGAGCUUGCUCAGGGAACUGACGAGUUCUUGGUCUGCUGAACCGGUUUGCGUGAAAUACAGUCUAAAAGAUGAUCACGAAUGUAUGGACAGUAGUGUCCGCAAGGACCCUACACCCAAUGGAGAAAAAUGGCAAAAAAGUGCUCACAGCUCGAAAUCAACCGAUUCUGCGAAUUCGACCGAAUUAAUGCCUUGUUCGAUUAAAUGCUAUAAUGGAGGAUUAGCCAAUGACGAGCAGUGGAAAAAGAAACGAGCUCAGAUUUUACGACAAUGCGCCGAGUACUUGGAACUGGAAAGCUUGAAUUCGAAAUUCACCAAGGAUAAUUUCCGAAGAGGAUUCUUGAAAAAGGAUGUUUUGUCGCGUAUAUUUCAAUUAUUCGAUCAUGACGAAGAUGGAUUCUUGUCACAAGACGACUGGAUACAAUUUAUCAAAGAAAGACUGCUGUAUGAAAAACAAUCCGACUUAGCCGAACAAAUUGAAAGCGUCGCUUAUGUGAUAUGCGGUGAUAAUAAAAUAAGCGCCGACAAAUUUUAUCAAAUUUUUCAAGAAAAAUGGAUAACUGAUAAAAUUUUUAGACUGAUUGAUAAGGAUAAUGAUGGAUUUAUUACGUCACACCAAAUCACAGAAGUUAUUGCUUCUCUCACCUGCGUUCGAAAACGCACCGGUUUCGAUAAAGAAAGCUUGGAAUGUUUAGAGCAACUGUUCAGGCAAACAGUAGGCAAUGAAAAGGAAAUUAGGAGGGACGAUUUUAAAAAGAUAUUAAUUACUAAGAAUCCAUUUUUUACCGAACGUGUAUUCCAAAUUUUCGACAAAGAUAAUUCCGGCUCGAUAUCGCUGCAAGAAUUUCUCGACUCGAUGCACCAGUUCGCCGGCCAAACACCCGAUGACAAGAUAAAAUUUCUAUUCAAAGUUUACGAUUUGGACGGAGAUGGUCUAAUCCAGCAUAGAGAACUGCAGCAUGUAAUGCGAGCGUGUAUGGAAGAGAAUGGUAUGCGUUUCAGCGAGGAUCAAAUCGAAGAUUUGACUAUAGCUCUAUUUGAAGACGCAGAUGCCGAUGCUAGAGGCGCCAUCACAUAUGGAGCUCUGAAAAAUCAGCUUGAGAAACAUGACGGAUUAUUGGAAAAUUUAUCCAUCAGCAUAGAUCGAUGGCUCGUGCCUCCGAAACCGAAAUGCAAAAGCAGACCUGCCUCGUUUAUAGGCAAAUUAGUUACCAUGAAACCUUACCAAUUGACACUGCCAUAUAUUAAAAAUAAUUACGUUUAUUUAUCUUUCCUCGGCAUGUUCCUGCUCAUUAAUCUAGUGUUAUUUGUAUUACGCGCCAUUCAAUAUAGCGACCAACACUAUUAUGUGAUUUUCGCCCGCGCUUGUGGACAAUGUUUAAAUUUUAAUUGCGCUUUUAUUCUGGUUCUAAUGUUGAGACAUUGCAUAACGUUUCUACGUACCCGAGGUGCCAGUUCAUUUUUACCGCUCGAUCAACACAUCUAUAUGCAUAAGUUGACUGGAAUGUUUAUCUGCUUUUAUGGCGUCAUUCACACGGUUAUGCAUUUAUUGAAUUUUACUUACGAAGUACUCCCAGAUUUGUACAUGAAUGCCGAAGAAUACACCCUGGCUGAAUGGUUAUUCACUUCGAUACCUGGAAAAUUUGGAUUAAUUGAUGGCUGGGCCAAUCCAACCGGUGUCAUUUUAGUCGUCAUAUUAUUAAUAAUGUUCAUUUGCUCUCAGCCAUUUGUACGUCGUGGAGGUAGUUUCGAGAUAUUUUACUGGACCCAUCUGCUGUACAUACCGUUCUGGAUAUUGCUUAUCAUUCACGGACCUAAUUUUUGGAAAUGGUUGCUUGUACCCGGACUGAUUUAUCUGUGCGAACGUAUUUAUCGAUUUUCAGUCACUAGCUCGAAACGAGGCAAAACCUACAUCAGCUCUGGGCUCUUGUUACCCUCCCGAGUAACUCAUCUUGUGAUCAAACGACCUCCUCAUUUCGAUUUCCAUCCAGGAGAUUACGUGUUUGUGAAUAUUCCAGCUAUUGCGAAUUACGAAUGGCAUCCGUUCACUAUUAGUAGUGCUCCGGAACAAGAAGAUUACAUGUGGCUGCAUAUACGAGGAGUUGGCGAAUGGACUAACAGAUUAUACGAUUAUUUUGAAAGAGAACAAGAAAAGUUGCAUAAUUUGAACGAAGAACUACCCGGUGCUGUGCCCAAUCAAAUCUUGGCUGCUGCCACGAACGGUAAUGUUAAAAUUACCACAGAAAACGAAGAUAUUAAACGAUUGAAAGCCACUCUCGAACGUAAAUUAUCUGGUAAAAGUGGACAUACCAUUCAUGGUAAACCAAACCACAAAAGACAAGAAAUGACCGGUUAUACAAAUCAAAGCUUUAGUAGCCUGCCUGAAGAUUUCCGAAUACACAGUUUGACUGAUGGAAGCAGCGUUAGCGUUGAAUCAGUUGUAUCAUCAAAUAAUGAUAUAAACAAAACGUGUCCUUCGAUAAAGAAGAACCAAGAUGAAAAACUACACAAAAUACUGCUCAAGAAAAAAGCCCCAUUAUCGAAAUCCUUAUCCAUGCCUGAUAUCGACAAUCGAAUCAAGAAACGAGAACGACUAUUAGUUCUACGAGAGUAUAUGAGAUCAGAGUCGGAGAAAAGUUUCGACGAGUGUCAAAUGAAACGUGCCCGACUGCAGUCCCUUGGAUUGGCUUAUUUGAGUCCUCAAAAUAAAUCCUUAGCUCAAAGCUUCCGUUACAUGAGGCAUAAACCGACCAUUAUUGCAUUCAAAACUCCCAGUUUAGAGAAUUACGAAGCUAAAAUUAACGCUAUGACUAAUCAAACCGCCAAUUCCGAAAAAGCAGCCGAAGAAGGUAAAGCUAAAAUGAAAAGCGAAGAAAGCACAUCAACGAUAAUGGCUCCCACAGGUGUUAAUUAUCCCGUCGGCAAACCCUUAGAGGUAUUCAUAGAUGGUCCCUACGGUGCGCCCUCCAGUCACAUAUUCCGGGCACAGCAUGCGGUUCUAGUUGCCACCGGAAUAGGCGUUACUCCAUUCGCGUCUAUUUUACAGUCCAUUAUGCAUCGGUAUUGGAAAGCUAGACAUAUGUGUCCUCAGUGUAAACAUUCCUGGGUCAGCGAUAUUCCUCCGACGGUGAUGCAUUUGAGGAAGGUGGAUUUCUUCUGGAUAAAUCGCGACCAACGUUCAUUCGAAUGGUUUGUCAACCUUCUAUCUCAAUUAGAAAUCGAGCAAGCCGAACUUGGAGGUGCCAUGGAACGGUUUCUAGAUAUGCAUAUGUACAUCACAUCUGCUCUACAGAAAACCGACAUGAAAGCUGUUGGGUUACAAUUGGCUUUGGAUUUAUUGCACGAAAAAGAAAAACGAGACUUGAUAACCGGACUGAAAACCAGAACCAAUGCCGGAAGGCCAAACUGGGAUAAAGUAUUCAAACAACUAAUCGAUCAGAAAAAAGGCAAAGUAACCGUGUUCUAUUGCGGUCCUCCCGAACUAGGACGACUAUUAAGAUUCAAAUGUGAUCAGUACGGGUUCAAUUUUAGAAAAGAAGUAUUCUGAGUCGUUGCCCAACACCCAUGUAUUUAGGUAACGGUUUCAUUCGAAGGCCGAGAUGCUGGGAACACCAAAAUGCCAGCUCCUAUAGAUGGUUGUGAGUUUGAUAUUGGAUUAAAGUUACCAGAGAUACCGCUUUCGAAUUGUUCUAUGUAAUUAUCGAGUUACCAAUAUUACCCUUAAAAUGUACCAGCUUUUAUUUAUUUUCAAAAAAACCUAUCAUUAUAAGUACCUAUCUUGCUGCGUGUGUAAUUUUUUGUGUGCUGCCUCGUAUUUUACGAAAUUAUUUAUUUAUUUUUUUGUAAUAAUUUUAAUACUGUCCCCCUUUUUUUAAAAAUCAUUAUACUACGAUGGAAAUGUAUAGCAAAAAUAAGAAAAUAUAUAGAAAAUGUGUUUUCCCCACUCAA